AUGGCCUCUCCACGCCGUCGUAUCGAGACAGAUGUAAGUCUCCGGCUCAUGAGCGACUACGAGGUGACUCUGGUUAAUGAUAACAAGUUCUUCGUGCGCUUCAAGGGUCCCGCGGAAACUCCAUUCGAAGGCGGCGUUUGGAAGGUUCACGUUGAAUUGCCAGAUCAGUACCCUUACAAGUCCCCGAGCAUCGGCUUCGUGAACCGGAUCUUUCACCCGAACAUCGAUGAACUGUCCGGAUCUGUCUGCCUGGACGUCAUCAACCAGACCUGGUCGCCCAUGUACGACAUGAUCAACAUCUUCGAGGUCUUCCUCCCACAACUGCUCCGCUACCCGAACCCAUCCGACCCCCUGAACGGCGAGGCCGCGGCUCUGUUGCUGAGGGACCCCAAGAACUAUGAGAUCAAGGUCAAGGACUAUGUGCAGAGGUACGCCACCAAGGGCGCUGCGGACGAGGCCGGCGCCGAGAGCGAGGACGACGACGACCUCUCCUCGGUGGGCAGCUACAACGACGACGAUGAGGAGGAAGCCCAGCCGGCCGGCGAGAUGGACGAUGUAUGA